AUGACACCCCCGAUCCUAAUCAUUGGCGCCGGUCUAGGAGGCAUCUGCCUUGCCCACGCCCUACGCAAAAACAACAUCCCUUACAAACUAUUCGAAGCAGACCCAAAGAGCAACUUCCGAACCCAGGGCUACAGACUCCGAAUCACCAAAGACGGCGUCACCGCUCUCCACGAGUCCCUAACGCCAGAGCUCUUCACUCUAUUCGAAAAGACAUGCGCCGAAACUGCGAAAAUGGGCAUCCGAGUCAAACCAGAUGGAACGCCCGCUCCUUCAAAACCAGGUCUUGGACCUCCGCCACAGACUAUGUCAGGAAGCGUGUACACAAUCGACCGCAGCACGUUCCGCGAAGCAUUACUCGCCAGUCUAGAGGUAGAGGGAAAUGUUUUCUUCGAAAAGAGUCUCGAUUAUUACACGAUCGACGCCGAUAAAGUGACCGGAUUCUUCACCGACGGGUCAUCCGAAGAGGGUGCUCUACUCGUCGGCGCAGAUGGAGUCCGCUCGCGCGUUCGCAAGCAGUAUAUUCCCGAAUACCAGGGUAUAGACUCGGACAUGCGCAUCAUCUUCGGGAAAACUCCAUUGACUCCAGGAUUCCUGGCUAAACUCCCCGAAAGCCAUCAACAGGGCAUGAGUCUAGUCACCGAUCCAGACGAUUCCUUCCAGCCUACAUUCUUGUUCGAAUCUAUUCACUUCCCGCACGCUGAUGAGGUCCCAUUCCCGCUACCAAGUGCAUACAUGUAUUGGUGUCUCCUAGCGCGUACAUCAACGCUUCCAGUUUCAGAUGAGAAAUCGUGGCAUGUGACUCCUCGGGAAGCAGCUGAUUUAAGCCGUUAUUUGACGAGGGGGUGGAAUCCGGCGUUGAGGAGCAUUUUCGAAAUGCAGGACGAGUCGCAAGCGGCUGUGAGGUCGAUUUUGUCGGCUUUGCCGGAAAUUGAGCCGUGGACUCCUUGUUCGAGGGUUACGGUUUUGGGGGAUGCGAUUCAUAUCAUGCCACCGACGGGCGCGAUGGGUGCUAAUACGGCUUUGAGGGAUGCGGGGGAUUUGGCGAGGAGGAUUGUUGAGGCGGGUGGUGCUGGCGGUCUUGAUGAGAAGAUCAUUGGUGAUUAUGAAGCUGGGGUUAGGGAGUUUGCUAAGGUGGCGAUUGGGUUUAGUUGGAGAGGUGGGAUGAAUAGUUUUGGCUUGAGAGCUGCGGAGGAGUGUGAGCGCAUUUUACUUUGA